UAGUGCCCUGUGCUGUAAUGCACAUUGGAUUGAAUCUCAGCCUUAGUUUCUGACUGUUGAUCAACAAUACAUAAUCAAGACAAAACAAAGAUUGUCUGCAUGCACAGAUAAGACGAGUGAAUGCCUGCAUUGCAGAGUGAGAUUUCUGUGACAAGUGGAGUGGAGAAUGGCAUACCUUUCCUUAAUUAGCCGUUGGAUGGAAAGGGACAGUGAUAUAUUCAGUAGUUAAUUUUUUUGUUAAUCGUGAACUGCUUAACCUAUUUGGAAACUGUUUUUAAUUGCUCUGAAGAUGGGCUUUCUACCAAAAUCGUAUCAAAAUAAACCUUUAUUUUCAUUCAAGUCACUUCUCUCUGCUGAUACUUCACUUCCAUGUGUCUGUCUUUUGAAUUUCCGUGCGGGGACAAUAAAGUUUGAACUUAAUUUCUGAACWCACUCCUUAUUUUCCAGGAAGUCCAGCAGAAUGGGAAGGCAAGUGUUCCUGCAGGGAGGUGGCCCAGCCUGCUUAGUCUAACCUGUCCACGCAGUAGCUGCAGUGGCAGCGAGGCCUCAUUAUCCAGCGCCUCUACUGAGUACUCCAGUGGCUCACAUACUUGGGCAGAAGGACGUCGCUCCUCCAAGCUGUCUGUGAUAAGCCGGGAGAAGAGGAUGAGCGCAGGGUCAGUGUCCAGCAAUCAGUCUGUCCCAGCGGAGCAGCCCGAUCUAAAUUGGAAGGAGGGACACAUUCUGAAAGGCCUGAAGAGGCUCCAAAUGCGCAGCCCAACUCCCAAGGAGACAUCUUCACUCGCCUCCACGUCACAUUUCAAGGACUGCAUUACCUCCAACGAGGGCAUAUACUCUUUAGGGGUUAAGGGUGGGCCCCAGGGGGUAGUGCCUAAAUUGCCAUUGGCAAAGGGAAAUUAUUUUAAGCCAGGAGCAGGAGUCAGAGCCUUAAUCUCUGACUCAGACGAUGCAGAUGAUGAACUGCCUCAAUCGCCAGCCAGGGAGUCCUGCGUCCAACCCAUUAAAGAGUCUUUCCAUCUGGAAGGAGAGCCUGCGUCUGAAUUGGGAACGGCACAAGGGGGAAAGAGCUCUACGGUCUACAACUCCCAAGAGGAGCCUGUAAGACUCGUAAGUCCCAGCAACUCUUUCUCACCUAUCAAAGAUGUCUUCCUGCUCGAGGGUCCCACACUGAAGCCUGGACUCAGCCCAACGGAGAGCCCUAGCAUUAUGAGUGGACUUCAAAAUAAAAACUGGAUAGAGAAAGACAGGCUAGUUACAAGACAUAGUUACAAUUUGAGGCCAGAGAGCGUUAAACAGCCACAAAACAAAGUUACGGUCAAACAUCUAGAGGCACGGGCUAGGGAAGUGAGCCUACCCAUUCAGUAUGCAGCAGCCAGAGCUCUGAGUUGGGUUAGUGAGGCCAGACAGCGCAGUGCUUCCAUGGAUACGAAGCAGUACAGAGAGCUGAACAGCCAGGGUGGAGUUGAUACCAAGGACUACACCAUUUCCGAGUCCCGACAGAGGAAAACAAAGCCUAAGGCCUGCGACUCAGCAAGGAAGGCCUUUAUCCUCCGAAGCAAGAGUGCGGAUGGAGGUCCAGACCAGGCCAAGCUACACCAGCCCCUACGUCAGAAACUUAUCAAAGUCAAUCAAAGGGCCAAGAACCGCUCGAACCCUCCUGGGCCCAGUGGCCCUCGCACAAAGAUUAACCUCAGCAAGGCACCAGGUCCAGCUAAGGCAUCAGUACAAAUGGCUGAGAAAGGUGAGACUGCUAGUGGGGUAAGAACUUCAGGGCCCCUUGAGAAUACAYUACAUGGCUCCCCUUCUUACUCCCCUCAGAAACUGGUCAAAGUAUUUGAGCCACCUGUGCUGAAUGAUUGUCCCAAGAGCACAUCUAAAGUAUCCCAACCAGUCUCCAAACUCCCAUCAAGAAACGACUGUGGGGUAAAAGGCUCCAACUCCAACAAUUCAGCUUMCUCUCCACUUAAACAGAGGCAGCAAGACCAGCACUCGGAUUCCUCUCGGAAUGAUAUCAGGUCCCCUUCACCUCCACUCCCACCAGGUCGGACCACCUCCCUACUGAUUCGACCUGGUUAUGGCUCCUUACCGCAGGCGCAUAAGCCUGUGGUUAUGCUCCAAACCUCUACCACCGUGAAGGCAACUGCCCGUAGCACCAAACCUCCGUCAAGUCAUCAUUCAGCUGUUUUACAAAAGCAACCUCUAGCCCCCAACAAAAUGCAAGACACUCGUCAUAUGGCUCCCAAAAUGGGUGUUGAGGUGAAAAAGUCACCAAAAUGGGUCCCUGCCAAAGUCUACCAUCCUUUACCAACUUCGACCACUCUUCAAGAAUCCAAGGAAACAGACUCUUCCCAAUUCUCAAUGAACAGGACUGUGGCACAAGCCUCCCAUCAGGAAAAUAGUGUUCCCUUUGUGGUGCCYAAUCAGGACAGCUUACCUGUGUCCCAGCAAGGCAAUGGUGAGCCACAAAGUACAGAGCCCUUACCUCAGGCCUCAGCGUCUCUACUUUGCCAUGACAUAGUUAGUAUCUCUCAACAUUCUGUGACCAGGGCAGUAAAUGCAUCCCUUCCUGUUGGCUCCAUAACCAAUGAGACAACCCCAAACCUGGGCAACAACUUUGCAGUUAUCACUGCUACAAAGGGAGUGCAGACUUUUGACACCUUCAACCAGGACACCUACAGACGUCCAAUGAUGCACUGUGUCAAUGCAGCUGUAGCCAAGGCCAAAGCCAGGAGAAAGCUUGAGACACACUGUAGCUCACUAGAGGAGGCUGCACUCCCACCUCCAGUGGCAGAGAAUGGUGUAACWUUGGACUGGAGAUUUGAUGAAGAGAGCUGGCUAUUUAAGCGCUCGGUCUCAGUCUCGACCCGACCUCCUCUCCACCCGGUUAUGGGCAUGAAUGGAGCGAAGGCUCGCAGUCAAAGCUUCGGCGCACGCUAUAUGGACAGACCGAACAUCAGCAGGUCCGGAAAUGUCCGUAGUCACAUCAAAACUAACUCAGGAAGCUCUUUGAAUUCUCUUGGUGAUGUAUUCCGGGGUAGUAUGAGUUGCUCCAAUAGCUACAAUUGUCCAAGGAACAAAUCCCACAUCAACAAUGUCAUGAUUGAGGAAGGCUUGCCAAUACCUCUGCAUCUGGAGGCCUCCAGUGAUCGAUUUGGUCUCAAACACCAGAGAGUAAACUCAUUUUCACAUCUCCAGACCGAGAAACAGUCCCCUAGCACCUUCUAUGAACGUAUCCAUGGGGAACCAGAGAGACAGUCAAACAUCUCCACCAUUGAGGAGAAGGUCAUGAUGGGAAUCGAGGAGAAUUUGCAGAAAUCUCAGCAGAAGGAGAAGACAACUGAAACUAAGCAGAAAUCCGGUUCACUGUCAAACUGGUUUGGWUUCCGCAAGAGCAAGCUCCCUGCUCCGAUUGGUAAAAAAGGAGAUUCUCCAAAGGGAAAGGAGGAGAAGAAGGAACCUAAGCUUGGAUCUCUCUUGGGUGGGAAGCAGGCAAAGUUCGACAAAAAGAAGGAGYGGAGGGAAAGUGAAGGUCAUCAAAUGGAUGGCUCGGUUGGGAAAAGAGACUCCCAAGAUACAUUGCUCGUCUGCCUUUCGAUGGCCUCCCUGGGAGCCCCAGGUAACAGCAACAUACAAGGACAAACCGACAUCUGUGGGGACACAAAGACAAAGACACAGAGGAUGAACCUCAGGACUGAUAAUGACCACAGAGUUGCUUUGAAGAGCCCCAGUGAAGAUCACUUUAUCGGCUCCGGCUGCAAGAUGCGAACGUUGGACAGRGGCAUUGGAACGUUCCCCCUCCUCGAUUCCUCCUCCUUCUACUCCUCCAUCCUCCACCUCCUUCCCAAGUCCACAUCGGCCCAACACUCCCUCAYCCCUCCCAGUGCUCCCAGUUCCUCUAGUGAGGAGGUGUCAGCCUCCCCAUUACCCCGGUGGAGAGUACCGUCUGGCUCAAAAGACCCUCCCUGCAGCCAACCAGGCCUGGACAGCUKCUCGUUAUCCAACACCACUGUGACCCUUGUCCAAUCAGUGCCUUAUCCCACUGUGGCCUUCCUUCAGCCUGUCCAAUCCCUGUCUGAGCCCCUUGUGACCUGUACCAGUGUGUGUGAUACCCAGAGCAAGCUGCCCAGACUAGCCUCAGCAGUUAGAAUGACAUGAUCGUGAAAGACUGACAAGGACAACUGCUAAGAAACAAUCAGCAAAUGAAUUAUGGAACAAAAUGGGCAGCAUCGAGGGGAGAGAGACAGUGAGAGAGGGCAAUCAGCAAGCAUGUAACCUACAGGGAGAUGCAUGAUUACAAUGGCUCAUGGAUCAAACAAAAGCACUAUACCUACCUUUAGGAAUAGAACUGCCCGUGAAAACAUGUCAUGUCAACAUAUGAAGGCUAGAAGCCUGAAAGUUGCCAAUUUCCUUCUGAUGAGUUUCUGUCCACAGGACCAGACGUGUUAAAAUCGACUAUUGAUUUACAGUCACAGGCAAUUAUAAUCAUCAUUGGACUUGGUUUYCUGUACUUGACACACAUUAGCCUCUUCCGUAGCUUUACCAGUUAACUCACACUUAGGUACUGUGCUGUAAUUUCUAAUUGCUCCUUAUCUUAUCAACUUAAUUGUAGACGGAUGGCGUGGGAAGAACGCCACAAUGACCUUCUCUCUUUCGGGGGGGUUUAAUGAAAGGGAUAGUUCACUCAAUUUACAAAAUAUUGAUUUCCUUACCCUGUAUAAGCAGUCUUUGGACAAGGUAAGACAUGUUUAUUGAAAAUAUACUUUUGCCCAAUAAGCACUUGUUUUCUCUCAAAUAGAUAGUUAAAGAUAUUGGGUAGGUAGCUCGCGAAUUUUUGCCAUAUUAGCAUAGACAUACAGCAAGUCAAGCACCUCAAAACAAGACCUUGUAUCAAGAACAAGAUACAACUAGCUGAAAAGAGCCACCUACGAUUGWAGCUAGCUAGCGAAUUUUUGCCAUAUUAGCAUAGACAUACAGAAAGUCAAGCACCUCAAAACAAGACCUUGUAUCAAGAACAAGAUACAACUAGCUGAAACAAGCCACCUACGAUUCCCCACAUGGCAGCUUCUUGUCAAUGUUGCUAGCUAUCUGACCAUUCAGAAUCAUAGCAACUCAUGGUCUUCUGCCCCAUCAAUGUGCAGGCAUAAUUUUCUUGACGUUGUCAGGCAACCCGUCUAUAUGUACUGUCAACUGACACACAAAAUCAGUGCGCAACAAACAUAACUUCCAGGACGUCUGACUGGCUAAUAAGCUACCAAUCAAAGAAGUACAGAAUAGGCAGGAUCUCCACUCAUAACUGUGUCGUUCCACCUCAAAAAUCACCAGAAAGAAGAUUGACACCCACCAUCUCAGAUUGUUCUGAAAUCGGUUCUGUAGUUAGUGACAGAUUCCAUUAGCGUUCCUGAAACAUCAUUUUGUUGAAAUAUAAUUUGAUCUCUGAGAAAUUCAGAUAAUUGAUUGCACCCAAAUUGGGCAUUUUAAUUGACAGGAUUCUGAUAAUAUUCAAUAAAUACAGUACCCAACAUCAGAUAUGGACCAAACAUGGGAUGACUCAACUGUAUGUCACUACAUUGAAUAGUUUCACCCUAAAACCGCAUGAACAAGUAAUUUCAAAAGCACGUUAGCUUUGUAUAUAACAAGCACUUUUAAUGACGUGUUACACAUUACUGAACUCUUGUAUGUAUAGUAUACCUAUGAACUCAGUUAUACAUAAGCGCAACAUGAAUAUUGCUAUGCAAUCAGCUCAGGGAAAUGCCAUUACUCAUUUAGGAAAUACUUAAUAGAUGGCUAUAUGGAAGUUAUAAGGCGGUUUUCAAUUUAACCCCAACACAUGAUUUUUGUAUAAUGUAAUGUAUAUUUACAGUGCCUUCAGAAAGUAUUCACACCCUUUAACUUUUUCCA